UUACUCUCCCUGUCUCGUUCUCUGUCUCAAAGCUUUCAACGGCUUUCUUUCUCAGCCCCAGACCCGAAAUCCGAACCCUAAUCUCGGAUUUUCUUGGGAAAAUGAGAUUGACCGAGAAAUUUCUCAAACUCGAGCCCAAACAUUACUCAUUAAGUGGAUUAAAUUAUUUUUAACAGUUAAAGGAAUUACAUACAAUUUUUUUUUAAAAAAUUGAAUUAAAAAAAAAAAAAAUGGCAGAGCUCGAUCUGUCCAAGAAAGUCGCCGAUAGGUAUCUGAAGCGCGAAGUCCUCGGAGAAGGUACCUAUGGGGUCGUCUACAAGGCCAUUGAUACCAAGACAGGACAGAAAGUUGCGAUUAAAAAAAUCCGGCUUGGGAAGCAAAAGGAAGGGGUAAAUUUUACGGCACUUAGGGAAAUUAAACUGCUUAAAGAGCUCAAAGAUCCGAAUAUAAUUGAGUUGAUUGAUGCGUUCCCUCAUAAGGGUAACUUGCAUCUCGUGUUUGAGUUCAUGGAGACAGACCUCGAAGCUGUUAUUCGUGACCGAAAUAUAUUUCUUUCACCGGGUGACAUAAAAUCGUACCUUCAGAUGACUCUCAAAGGACUUGCUUAUUGCCACAAGAAAUGGGUUUUACAUAGGGAUAUGAAACCAAACAACUUGUUAAUAGGAUCUAAUGGACAGCUCAAACUUGCAGAUUUUGGUUUAGCACGAAUAUUUGGGAGCCCAGAUCGCAAGUUUACGCAUCAGGUCUUUGCUCGGUGGUAUAGAGCACCUGAGCUGUUGUUUGGUACCAAACAAUAUGGUGCUGGGGUGGAUGUUUGGGCUGCAGCUUGUAUAUUUGCUGAACUUCUGCUGCGUCGACCUUUCCUGCAGGGUUCAAGUGACAUUGAUCAAUUAGGAAAGAUCUUUGCUGCAUUUGGGACUCCAACAGCUUCUCAGUGGCCUGACAUGCCAUAUCUUCCUGAUUAUGUGGAGUACCAAUAUGUUCCUGCACCCCCUUUACGUUCUCUGUUUCCAAUGGCUAGUGAUGAUUGUCUAGAUCUGUUAUCGAAAAUGUUUACUUAUGAUCCUAAAGCUAGAAUAUCAGUGCAGCAGGCAUUAGAGCAUCGGUACUUUUCAUCUGCACCUCUGCCUACAGUUCCGGAUAAACUCCCUAGACCUGCUCCUAAGCGGGAAUCUAGAGCUUCAGAUUUUAAUUCACACGAUGGUCCCACCGUCUUAUCACCUCCAAGAAAGUCCAAGCGAGUAAUGCCAGAACGUGAGGGCUUUGAAGGAAAUGCAUACAAAGUUCAUAAGAUCGACGACCAUGUUGAUGAAAUAAGACUGGCAGCUGGUGGAAAUACAAGUGGGAAUGAGCCGGUACCUCUGUCAGUUGAUUUUUCUAUCUUUGGAGCAAAACCUCCUAACAGGCCUACAAUUAACAGUACUGACAGAACACAUCUAAAAAGGAAAUUAGAUCUUGAAUUCCAACACCCCGAAUGAGAACAUUUUAUAUGAAGUAUACUCAAAUCCUGUUGUCUUUGUUGUCUAAGGUCCAACAUUUGUGAGGUAUGCAGUUAAUCUUUAAAUGGUGUUUUAAUGCUGGCUAGUCUCCAGCUCUUUUUCUUUCUCUGUAUUCAAGCCUUUCAUUGGCUAAUUUUUUGUUUAGUUAUUAACUGCUAUGAAUCUGAAUUCAUCAA